CGAGGCGGAGAGACAGCGAGGAGCCCGCGGAGCAACAUGGCGGAACACUCAGCCCCCGACCACAAGCACAAGCCCGGUGCCGCCGCCUCGUCCUCCUCCUCGGCCAACUCCGCGGCGGGCAGCUCCCAGGCGCUGGCCAACAGCAGAGGCGCGGCGGCGGCGGGCGGGGGCGGCCUGUCGGGGGGCCUGUCGCAGCCGGCGGGCUGGCAGUCGCUGCUCUCCUUCACGAUCCUCUUCCUGGCCUGGCUGGCCGGUUUCAGCUCCAGGCUCUUCGCCGUCAUCCGCUUCGAGAGCAUCAUCCACGAGUUCGACCCCUGGUUUAACUACAGAUCAACACAUCAUCUUGCAUCACAUGGGUUUUAUGAAUUCUUAAACUGGUUUGAUGAAAGAGCAUGGUAUCCACUAGGAAGAAUAGUAGGUGGGACUGUAUACCCUGGGCUGAUGGUGACAGCAGGCCUUAUACAUUGGAUUUUAAAUAUGCUUAACAUAACUGUCCACAUAAGAGAUGUAUGUGUGUUUCUAGCACCAGUUUUUAGCGGCCUUACAUCAAUUUCUACUUUUCUGCUUACCAGAGAACUGUGGAACCAGGGAGCAGGGCUUUUAGCUGCCUGUUUUAUUGCUAUAGUACCUGGUUACAUAUCACGAUCAGUGGCAGGAUCUUUUGACAAUGAAGGGAUAGCUAUUUUUGCACUGCAGUUCACAUAUUAUUUGUGGGUGAAGUCUGUGAAAACUGGGUCAGUCUUCUGGACAAUAUGCUGCUGCCUAUCCUACUUCUACAUGGUCUCUGCAUGGGGUGGUUAUGUUUUCAUCAUCAAUCUUAUUCCACUGCAUGUAUUUGUACUACUGUUGAUGCAAAGAUACAGCAGGAGGGUCUACAUAGCAUAUAGCACUUUCUAUAUUGUGGGCUUAAUAUUAUCCAUGCAGAUACCUUUUGUUGGAUUUCAGCCAAUUAGAACAAGUGAGCACAUGGCAGCUGCAGGUGUGUUUGCACUGCUGCAGGCCUAUGCCUUCUUGCAGUACAUGAGAGACAGGCUAACAAAGCAAGAAUUCCAGACCUUGUUCUUCUUGGGUGUGUCACUAGCUGCUGGGGUUGUAUUCCUGAGUGUCAUCUAUUUAACAUAUACAGGCUAUAUUGCACCAUGGAGUGGCAGAUUCUAUUCACUGUGGGAUACUGGGUAUGCGAAAAUUCACAUCCCGAUCAUUGCUUCUGUGUCUGAGCAUCAGCCUACAACAUGGGUUUCCUUCUUUUUUGAUCUACAUAUUCUCGUGUGUACUUUCCCAGCAGGGCUGUGGUUCUGUAUCAAAAACAUCAAUGAUGAAAGAGUCUUUGUGGCUCUGUAUGCAAUCAGUGCUGUUUACUUUGCUGGAGUGAUGGUUCGUCUGAUGCUAACUUUGACUCCAGUGGUCUGCAUGCUGUCGGCAAUUGCUUUCUCUAAUGUUUUCGAGCAUUAUUUGGGUGAUGACAUGAAGAGAGAGAAUCCACCAGUAGAAGAUAGCAGUGAUGAAGAUGAUAAACGAAACCCAGGAAAUCUCUAUGAUAAGGCAGGUAAAGUGAGGAAACAUAUCUCCGAACAGGAAAAAACUGAAGAAGGUCUUGGCCCCAAUAUCAAGAGCAUUGUUACGAUGUUGAUGCUGAUGCUGUUGAUGAUGUUCGCCGUUCACUGUACAUGGGUCACUAGCAAUGCCUACUCCAGUCCUAGUGUCGUUCUGGCCUCUUACAAUCAUGAUGGUACUCGGAACAUCUUGGAUGACUUCAGAGAAGCCUACUACUGGCUAAGGCAAAACACAGACGAACAUGCCAGAGUAAUGUCUUGGUGGGAUUAUGGCUAUCAAAUAGCAGGAAUGGCAAAUCGGACUACUCUAGUUGACAAUAAUACUUGGAAUAACAGCCACAUAGCCUUGGUCGGAAAAGCUAUGUCUUCAAAUGAGACAGCAGCUUAUGAGAUCAUGAGAAGUCUGGAUGUGGAUUAUGUGUUAAUAAUUUUUGGAGGUGUAAUUGGCUACUCUGGUGAUGAUAUCAACAAGUUCUUGUGGAUGGUGAGGAUAGCCGAAGGUGAACAUCCUAAAGACAUCAGAGAAAGUGACUACUUUACUCCCCAGGGAGAAUUUCGGGUGGACAAAGCAGGCUCUCCAACCUUGUUAAACUGUCUCAUGUAUAAAAUGUCAUAUUACAGAUUUGGAGAAAUGCAGCUGGAUUUUCGGACACCCCCAGGAUUUGACCGCACACGCAAUGCUGAGAUUGGCAACAAGGACAUUAAGUUUAAACAUUUGGAGGAAGCCUUUACAUCAGAGCACUGGCUUGUUAGAAUAUACAAAGUAAAACACCUAGACAACCGAGAGACAUUGGACCAUAAGCCUAGGCUAACCAACAUUUUACCAAAACAGAAGUAUUUGUCAAAAAAGACUGCCAAAAGGAAGCGUGGCUACAUUAAGAAUAAACUAAUUUUAAAGAAAGGCAAGAGACCCAGCAGGAAGACAGUUUAAAUACACUGAUUGCUAAUAUGAAGCAGUUGUCCUUGAGAUAACCAGUCUUUGCCUUUAGCUCAAGUCAUGUUUCACAGCAACAUGAGGGUACAGAACCAUCAUUGGUCCAGAUUAUUGUACAAAACUUUCAGGCAAUGUCUGACAUUAAAAAAAAAUUGGCUUGUCGAGAACAGCUGUUAUAGAUUUGUAUUGUGGAGCAAGACAGAGCUGCUAUCCAGGUCUAGCAGCAGAAUUAUUAUUUUUUAAUUGGUACAUAUUGUCCUUCCAACCUAUUGAGAAUUUGGACUGAUUGCACCAAAGAGCCCUUCUAAUUCGGUCCUUGGCACAUGCAUACUUGUCAGUUUUUUAAGUUCAGCUGAACAGCAAUAUCUUAACUGGAAUGGUAAUGUAUGAAUUGACUAUUCUCAGUCUGACACUCUCAGAAGUGUGGAUAUUUUUUAUAUUCAGAUAUUAGAACGACUCCUUUUUGAGGUAUUUAUUUUACAAGAUUUUCUUCUAUAUACUCUUUUCUUGCUGUAUGUUGUGUUCAGGACUGAAAACCAAGUUGCAGGUUUCACGAAUCACGGGACAGGUGAUACAAU